UGGUUUUCGCGUGCAUAUUCCUCAUAUUUAAAACCUUCACUUCGUACGGCGUCAAGUGCGGCCAUCGUUCCAUAACCAUGCCAGCACCGACCAUCGGGUGCCAAAUUGCACCUGACUAUGAACACGACGACUCUUCCUCAGAUUCGGAAUCCACAAUUACGGAAGAGGAGGAAGCGGAGCAGGCUGACUCCCAGACUCAACGUGAAAGCGAUUUGAAUAUUGAAAAGGCAGAGACACAGCGCGAUGAUGGGGGAGUGCCGCCAACACGUCCAAACACGCUUCAACACGGGCGCCGCAAGAGCAGUCGGAGCCAACAACCACCACUAGAACCAGUAGGAUUCUGGCACUGGCAAAUGGCUGGAGUAAGACUCCAUGUCUUGAAGCUCUGGCUCAGAACAAAUGUUAUUCUCUCAGUUGCUAUUUUGGGGUUUUUGUGUCUUUUCUGGGGAGCACUGUUUAGACAGGACAAGUUAGUUCCUUCCCUUGGUGUGUGGGUUGUGGAUUUUGACGGGCAGGUCCCACCAUACCAAGACGUAAAUCCCUUUGUAGGGCCUUUCGUGACUCGAGCUGUUCAAAGCCUUGCGAAUUCCAAAGGGAUGCAUCCAGGUUUCACCAUCCGAUCGCCAGCAGACUUCGACAACGACCCCUUGAAAGUUCGGGAGAGCAUCUGGAACUUCCACGCCUGGGCCGCUAUUAUCAUCAACCCAAAUGCGACAGCCCUUAUCGAGGCCGCUGUGCUCCAGGGAAACUCCUCUUACGACCCUUUAGGGGCAGGCCAAAUCAUCUACAACACCGCCCGAGAUCAGGGAACGACCUCGAGUUACAUCGUCGCCUCGAUGACGAUGAUUCAAAAGAUUGCCGUCUCUAACUUUGGCCGGGAAUGGAUCUCUCAUCUCCUGCAAAACGCCUCGGCCUCGGAACUGAAUCUCGACACCGUCCCACAAGCCAUAUCUCCGGGCAUCGAAUUCACCAUCUACGAUCUCCGGCCGUUUGGGCCUCCCGUAGCUACCCCAGCAGUCAGCAUCGGCCUUAUCUACCUCAUCAUUCUCUCUUUCUUUAGCUUUACCUUCUUUCUUCCAAUCCAUAUGAAGUAUCUGUCCCCAAAAGGCCACCCGCCUCUCCACUUCCACCAUCUCAUCAUCUGGCGCUAUGUUGCAACCGUUGCGUCCUACUUCCUCCUUUCCUGUAUCUACUCGCUCGUCUCCCUCGCCUUUCUCAUGCCUAUGAGCAACCCACCAGCCUCUCAUGUGUGGCCGGCCAGGAACCCCUCAUCCUACCAUCGCGCGACUUUCGUGGUGUAUUGGAUGGUCAACUGGGUUGGAAUGACGGCAUUUGGGCUUGCGAGCGAGAACAUGGCCAUGUUGUUGGGGACGCCGUGGACAGCCUUGUGGCUUAUUUUCUGGGUGAUUAGCAACGUGGCGACGGGAUUUUAUGCACUGCCUCUGGCAUCGAGCUUCUACCGCUGGGGCUAUGCUUGGCCGAUGCAUAACGUGGUUGAAGUCACUCGCCAAAUCCUGUUCGACCUGCAUCCUCGCAUUGGCCUCAAUUUCGGCAUCCUGUUCGCCUGGUGUGCUAUCGACACCGCGCUUUUCCCUCUCUGCUGCUACUACAUGAGAUGGAAGACUAUGAGGGAGAAGCGAUUGGCGGCAAAGCGAGAGGCAGAAUGGAACGCGAAGAUGGAGAAAGAGAAUGAGCAGCCAAGUUUCCUGGCCAGGGUGACGACGCUGACGGGGAGAUCAGAGAGAAGUAGGAGUAUGGAAGCGAGCCAACCUGCUUGAAUAACUGUGUGUGCUAGAGAACGGAGCCUAGAGAGUUUGUGUUGCUGUGAACCGUGG